AAACAGGAGGGGUGGCACUCACUUGCCACAGUGGUGGCCCGUGCGGGGGGCAUUAAACACACAGGAGACAACAUGGAACACAGCCAGGAGCAGGGGGAAACGCCACAACCGGUGGUAGCGCUGGCGAGGAUGCUGGAGGGGAUGGCGGCGAUGCAGGAGAGGCAGGCGGCGAUGCACGCCGAACAGCUGGAGGCUCUGCGGGCGCAAACUUCCCUCCAGACCCAGGCUCUACUGCAGCUGGCGGCUGCGGGAGAAACCAGCUCCCGAGAGAGACAGACCGGACCCCCCGUGGCUCUCCAUCUACCAAAAAUGACCCCGGAGGACGACGCAGAGGCGUUCCUUGAGGGGUUUGAGGUGGCCGCGGGGGCAAGUAAAUGGCCGGAGGAGGAGUGGGUCGUCCGUCUCCUGCCCCUCUUGACUGGGGAAGCACAACGGGCGGCACACAGCUUACCCCCCACAGCGCGGACGGUCUACGGCAACCUAAAGAAGGCGGUCCUGGACCGUCUGGGAUACAGCCCGGAAGAACACCGGCGACGGUUCAGGGAGACGGCCCUGGCCAGAGAGGACCGACCGUUCGCAUACGCGCAGAGACUGCUGGACAUGGCGCGUCGGUGGCUGCGACCAGAACUCCGGUCAGCAGACGAGGUGGUGGAGCUGGUGGCCCUCGAACGCUUUAUCGAUGGCCUCCCGGCGGAGACGGCGAAUUGGGUGAGGUGCCAUCGGCCGACCGGGUUGGCGGCCGCCGUCACCCUGGCGGAGGACCACCUGGCGCUCUACCCCCGCGGCCAGUCACAGCAGCAGCAGCAGCAGCAGCAAGGACGGGCAGACACGGCUCCGCGCAGGAGAGCCCUUCCUCGUUCCCUUCCUUCCCCCCUUUCUUCCUCCCUUCCCCGUGCCCAAACCCCCGCAUUUUCCCGCAACAACCCUUUUUUUUCUGUUUCCCCAGCCCCAGGCUCAGUGGCGGCGGGAUACGACCCACAGAGAGCUCCUCAGACGCCCGGACCGGGGUGUUGGCGGUGCGGACAACCGGGUCACCUGCGCCGCGAGUGCCCGCUCAUGGAGGUGGGGCAGGUGGUCCGUGUUGUCGGCCCGCCCACCUCCGCUCCCGAUCCAGACGGAGCGUACUGUAUUCCGUGAGCCUGGGGUUUUUAAAGGAAGACCGGAAGCUGGAGCGAGAGGGCUGACAACAAGACGGCUGCGGAACCGUCGUUUGUAGAUAAAUAUUUCUGUAAAGCGCAUUGGUGAAUAAAAGAGCACGGCAGUGCUGAUUA